AUGCAAUCACAUUGGUUAAGAGAUGUUUCAAAAGCCUGUUCUUCAGGUUGUUGUCCCAAUGCUUUUGUUGGCUUUCCCGAGUCUAAUGCACAGAUCCCUGGCAGUGCAGCGGCAUCACGGCAUGAGUUUGAGGUUUGCACAGCUAAUUCUCUGUACCCGAAUUCCCAUUUCACCAAUCAUGAGUCGCUUCCUCCAUUUGAGGAAUCGUUUGCUUGUUUCAACAAAGUGUACCCUCAAUAUUCCCAAACCAAACAGGCUGACCAUAUCCGAGCAAAAGAAUACUGUCAUCUUUCCCACUCAAAGCAUGUCUGUCUUGACUACGUUGGCCAUGGCCUCUUCUCUUAUUCUCAGCUUCAAACUCAAUUUCCAGGCUCAACUCUUUUCCCUUCUUCAUCACUUUCUUUAGAGCCUGCAAUUUUUGAUAUUUCCUACAAGUCAAUAAACCUGAAUUCUCAGGUACUAUAUGGAACUAGGGAAGAAUCACAAUUUGAAUCUGAUAUAAGGAAAAGGAUCAUGGCUUUCAUGAAUAUCUCAGAAGCUGAUUACUCCAUGGUUCUUACUGCCACUCAGUCAUCUGCUUUCAAGCUUCUGUCGGAGUGUUACCCAUUUCAGUCUAGUAAAAAUCUUCUCACGGUUUAUGACUACCAAAGUGAGGCUGUUCAGGUGAUGAUUGAGAGUUCCAAAAAGAGAGGAGCAAAUGUCAUGUCGGCUGAUUUCUCAUGGCCAAAUCUAGAAAUUCAAUCAGAAAAACUGAGAGGGAAGAUAGUGAGUAGAAGCAAGUACAAGAGAAGAGGACUUUUUGUUUUCCCACUUCAAUCGUGGGUCACAGGAUCAAGAUAUUCAUGUCUAUGGAUGAGUAUGGCCCGGGAGAAUGGGUGGCAUGUGUUGCUUGAUGCAUCUGCGUUGGGAGCUAAGGACAUGGAGACCUUGGGGCUCUCUCUUUUCAAUCCCGACUUCCUCAUCUGCUCCUUUUUCAAGGUUUUCGGAGUAAACCCAUCAGGAUUUUGUUGCUUGUUUAUCAAGAAAUCCAAUGCUUCAAUUUUGAAUGAUUCAGUCACUGCUACAAUGGUGGGAGUAUUGCAUCUUGUCCCAUCUUCAGGGCCAGCUCAAAUCCCUGAAAAAUCAGCUAAGGUUGAUGAAGUAAUGGAUACAUCCUUUGAAUCCGGAAACUCAGAAAUCAGCAACACCCCUAGAAUCGAAUGUAGAAGCUUGGAUCAUGCAGAUUCAUUAGGCCUGAUACUAAUCAGCAGCAGAACAAGGGGCCUCAUCAAUUGGUUGGUGAAUGCGUUGAUGAGCCUUAGGCAUCCAAAUUCAGAAAAUGGAAUUCCUGCAGUCAAAAUCUAUGGGCCCAAAAUAAUGUUCGACCGAGGACCUGCAGUAGCAUUCAAUGUAUUCGAUUGGAAAGGAGAGAGGAUCGGUCCUGCACUAAUCCAAAAGCUGGCUGAUAGAAACAACAUUUCAUUGAGCCUUGGGUUUUUGCAACACAUUUGGUUCUCAGAUAAGCAUGAAGAGAAGGUGUUGGAGACAAGAACAAGUGAAGCUGAAGGAACAACGUUAAGCAAAAAGAGCCACAAGUUUCCUGCUGGUAUAUCUGUUGUUACAGCUGCUCUUAGUUUCAUCACAAAUUUUGAAGACAUUUAUAGGCUAUGGGCAUUUAUUUCCAGGUUCCUUGAUGCUGAUUUUCUGGAGAAAGAAAAAUGGAGAUACAAAGCUCUUAAUCAGAAAACUAUUGAAGUUUAGGCCCAACAUUGAUUCUUCUUUCAUUCUUACAGACU